AUGACUCGCAUACCACGUCUGUUUGGCAUCUCUCCUGUGGUUCAGACGGACUGCUCUCACACCUGGAUGUUCAGAGUCAACCCUGAUCUGGAGUGGCACCACUUUGUCAAUCCCAUCAUGCUCUUGGUGCUGUAUUACACCCUGGCCACGCUCAUCCGCCUGUGGCUGCAGGAGUCAGAAGACAUGGUCAGAGAGAAAGAGGGAGAGACUGAGGAACGAGAGGAACCAGAAUCUCCUGAAAGCAAUAUGGCUGAUUACACUGCAGAGAAGAAGAGGCAGCUGUGGCGAAUGGCUCAUUAUCGCACAGAUGAGAGACAUCUGCUCACCACACAAGAGGGCUACAGCACACCUGAGGUAUUGAUGGUAACCUCAAACGGAGCCUCGCUGGACUUCACGUCAGUCCUGCAUGAGAACGGGCCGAAGCCUGUGGAGCUCUACUCAAGCCCUCACUACAGACCUGGCCGACCCGAGUCUGAUCUGCAGAAAGUGGACUGCGGUGUUUACAAGAUUGACUCUGUGUAUGUUGAGCUUCCCGAGGUUCCCCGGCCGUUCGGUGUCGUUCGUGUGAACGCGGCGGUCAAGGCCUUCCGGUUCAUCAUGAAGCAGAGCUACAUCUGCGCUCUCAUUGCCAUGAUGGCUUGGAGCAUCACGUACGUGAGCUGGCUGACCUUCAUCUUCCUCAUCUGGUCCUGUAUUCUGUGGAUGGUGAGGGACCGGAGGAAAUACUCAAUGAUCACCUCUCCGUUCAUGGUGUUUUAUGGGAACUUGCUCAUCAUCCUGCAGUACAUCUGGAGCUUCGAGUCGCUGCAGCCGGAAGAGAAAGUGGACUGCGGUGUUUACAAGAUUGACUCUGUGUAUGUUGAGCUUCCCGAGGUUCCCCGGCCGUUCGGUGUCGUUCGUGUGAACGCGGCGGUCAAGGCCUUCCGGUUCAUCAUGAAGCAGAGCUACAUCUGCGCUCUCAUUGCCAUGAUGGCUUGGAGCAUCACGUACGUGAGCUGGCUGACCUUCAUCUUCCUCAUCUGGUCCUGUAUUCUGUGGAUGGUGAGGGACCGGAGGAAAUACUCAAUGAUCACCUCUCCGUUCAUGGUGUUUUAUGGGAACUUGCUCAUCAUCCUGCAGUACAUCUGGAGCUUCGAGUCGCUGCAGCCGGUUCCUGGGCUCUUCCUGAAGAAAGAAGUGCCUUUCCGGGAGCUGGGAUCGAAAACGUUGUGCCUCCUCAGUUUCUGGCUGCUGCUGAGGCAGUUUUUGACGGAGAGGAGAGAGAAACCGGCUGUUGAAGCGCAGCUGUCUGAUGUCAGAGCGGAGGGACACACAACCGAGGGUCUGGAGGAUGAGGCCGGUGGACACAGAGAGAUGAUGGAUGUGUUGGGCCGUACAGUCAUGGCUAUGCUCAACAAAUACUGGAUCUACAUCUGUGGAGGAAUGUUUUUCCUCGUGAGCUUUGAGGGACGCAUCGUCAUGUACAAGAUCAUUUACAUGAUGAUGUUUCUCUUUUGCGUGGCACUUUAUCAGCUGCACUACGAGAGGUGGCGCUGGAUGCUGAAGUAUUUCUGGAUGUCAGUGGUGGUUUACACCAUGCUGGUGCUCAUUCUGGUCUACACGUUCCAGUUUGAGUCCUCCAUUAACGUGUGGUCCAACAUGACAGGCAUGAGCAGAGAGAAGCUGGAAGAUCUGGGUCUAGAGAAGUUCUCGGUUCCUGCUCUGUUCACGCGGAUCUUCAUUCCCACCUCGUUCCUGCUGGUGUGCAUCCUGCAUCUGCACUAUUUCCACGAGCGCUUCCUCGAGCUCACCGACAUCAAAUCUGUGGCCGACAAACAGAAGAGCACAAUCUCCAGGUACAUGAUGCAUGUGUUGUUGUCGUGUGAAGAGCUGAAGAAUAAGUGGCGUCUGGUGGUGGAGCGUCUGACGGUGCUGUUCCUGAAGUUCCUGGAUUGUGUUCAGAAGCUGCAGCUCUUCAUCUGGUGGCUGCUGGAGCUUCACAUCAUCAAGAUCGUCUCGUCCUACAUCAUCUGGGUCUCAGUCAGAGAGGUGUCUCUGUUUAACUAUGUGUUCCUGGUGAGCUGGGCCUUCGCUCUGCCCUUCAGUCAGUUCAGACCGCUGGCAUCUAGCGUCUGCACCGUCUGGACCUGCGUCAUCGUGGUCUGUAAGAUGCUGUACCAGCUGACCUCCAUCAACCCGUCCUCGUACUCCAGGAGCUGCAGUAUGCCGGAGAACUACACGGACGCUCAGCGCUCAGACAUGGCCAGAUCUCUGCUCUACAGCGGCCCGGUGGAUCCGGCUAACUGGAUCGGCUUCAGGAAGUUCUCUCCGCUGCUGGAGAAUCUGAGGAAUAACUUACUGAUGCUGGCUCUCUUGGCGUUUGAAGUGACCAUUUACCGUCACCAGGAUUUCUACCGGAUGAAGAACAACCUCACCCCUCCGGUCACGAGAACCGUCUUUCACAACAUCACACGCCAGCAUCUGGACCACGGCAUCGUCAACUGCGCCAAAUAUUUCAUCGACUACUUCUUCUACAAAUUUGGUCUUGAGACCUGUUUUCUGUUAGCGGUGAAUGUGAUCGGCCAGCGGAUGGAUUUCUAUGCCAUGCUGCACGCGUUCGGUCUGAUUGUGGUGAUGUAUCAGAGCAGGAGAAAAGCCAUCGCCCGCGUCUGGUCCAAGUAUUGCUUCUUUCUGGCCUGCAUGUUAGCCUUCCAGUACCUGAUGUGCAUCGGCAUCCCUCCUGCGGCCUGCACAGACUUCACCCGUCAUUGUCUCUGUCCUCUCCGCAGGUCGUAUUUGGACAUGCUGAAGGUGAUGAUGUUCAGCUAUCUGUUCUGGUUCGUCCUGACCAUCAUCUUCAUCACGGGCACCACACGCAUCAGCAUCUUCUGCAUGGGAUACCUGCUCGCCUGCUUCUACUUCUUGAUCUUUGGCGGCGAGCUGUUACUGAAGCCAAUCAAAAGCAUCCUUCAUUACUGGGACUUCCUCAUAGCAUACAACGUCUUCGUAAUCACCAUGAAAAACAUUCUCUCGAUCGUGGCGUGUGGAUAUAUAAAAGCGCUGGUGGCCAAUCACUGCUGGCUGAUCCAGUUAUUCAGUCUGGCCUGCACUAUAAAAGGAUAUUCAAAGCCGGAGCAGAAUGCAAAUAAGCAGUGCGAGCUGCCGAGUGACGAGGCCGGGAUCAUCUGGGACAGCAUCUGCUUCGCUUUUCUCCUGCUGCAGAGACGAGUUUUCAUGAGCUACUACUUCUUACACGUGGUAGCUGACAUCCGUUCCUCUCAGGUCCUUGCCUCCAGAGGAGCGGAGUUGUUUCAGGCAACCAUUGUGAAGGCGGUUAAAGCCAGAAUAGAAGAAGAGAAGAAGUCCAUGGAUCUGCUGAAGAGACAGAUGGACCGCAUCAAAAGCCGACAGCAGAAGUUUAAGAGAGGUAAAGAGAGGAUGCUGUCUCUGGCUCAGGAAAGUGGGGAACGCCACUCAGGUGUCACGGAGGAAGAGGAGGAGGAUGAAGGAGACAACAGCAAAGAGAAGAAGAAAGACAAAAGGAAGCAAUGGUGGAAGCCUUGGGUUGAUCAUGCGUCCAUGGUCCGAAGUGGCAAUUAUUACUUAUUUGAGACAGAUAGUGAGGAAGAGGAGGAAGACGAGGACAAAAAGGACGAGGAACCUCCCAAAAGAUCAGCGUUCCAGUUUGUGUAUCAUGCCUGGAUAACUGACUCAAAAACCGCCAUGAAAGAGAGAAGUAAGGAAAGACGGCGAUUCUGGCAAAGGUACACGGAGCGCAGCACGAAUAAGAAGAACCAGAAGCAAGUGCAUGUGGCCAUUGAGGAAGGAGAUCAGGAGGAAGGUGUUACAGAGCAGGAGGUAUCUGAUGGUCCAGAUAACACCCUGAAGCGAGUGUUUAACAUCGUGAAGUUCUCCUGGGUGCUUUUCCUGACCCUGCUGGACGGUUUCACUGCCUGGCUCAACUCCAUCUGCCAGGAGCACAUCGAUAUCUCCACCGUCCUGCGCAUUGAGCGCUGCAUGCUCACUCAUGAGGUCAAGAAGGGGAAUAUUCCAUCGCGGGACAGCAUCCACACGUACUACCAGAGGCAGAUGUGCAGGCCAGCGUCCGCUGAGGACAAGUACUUCAGCCCUCUGCGGAGCCAGGCUUACGAGUCCGAUCUCUCUGGAGAAAACCUGUCCAGUGUGUACACAGAAUCCACUGUGCUGUAUGAGUCCACUCUGGACCAGCCUGAGGAGACCAGCGACAGUGUUCUCAAAACCAGCCAGCGCUCUCGACCCAGACUCUGCCGCCUGCCUAGUGUAGACCUGCAGUCGUCGAGUGAGCUGUCCUCGCAGCAGGAGGCAGACCUUCCAGAGCAUCCAGACAAACUCUGGAGCAGCACCUCAGACCUGCCGCCUCCCUCGUACAGCAAAGCCACGGGCCUGGACUCAGCGGGACGCACCGAGGGCAGCAGGCUGAGGAUCCAAACACCUGACGAUGAGAAGAGCGCCGACACUCAGCUGACAGCCAGCGAGCUGCUGCAGAGCAGGACGUUCUACGACGAGGAGCUGGAGGCGUCGGAGCAUUUCUACCGCUCUCAGCCGCAGCUCCUCCAGCUCUGCUACGCUCUCUACAUGACGUUCUACGACGAGGAGCUGGAGGCGUCGGAGCAUUUCUACCGCUCUCAGCCGCAGCUCCUCCAGCUCUGCUACGCUCUCUACAGCAUGCUGGUGGCUCACUCUCAGAUGCUGUGUUAUCUGGUCAUCAUCCUCAACCACAUGAUCUCCGCAUCGGUGGCCACGCUGGUGCUGCCCAUCCUCAUCUUCCUCUGGGCCAUGCUGUCGGUUCCCCGGCCCAGCAAACGCUUCUGGAUGACAGCCAUCGUCUACACGGAGAAACACUCUGCUGCGGCUGACAUCACUUCCUCUCUGUCAGAGGAUCAGGUUCCCGAGGCCUUCCUGGUGAUGGUGCUCAUCCAGUUUGGGACGAUGGUGGUGGACCGUGCGCUGUACCUGAGGAAGACUGUGAUGGGGAAGGUCAUCUUCCAGGUCAUCCUGGUCUUCGGGAUUCACUUCUGGAUGUUCUUCAUUCUCCCAGGAGUCACCGAGAGGCGUUUCAGUCAGAACACAGUUGCCCAGCUCUGGUACUUCGUGAAGUGCAUCUACUUCGGUCUGUCAGCCUAUCAGAUCCGCUGCGGUUACCCCACUCGCGUGCUGGGAAACUUCCUGACCAAGAGCUAUAACUACCUCAAUCUCUUCCUCUUCCAAGGGUUCCGGUUGGUGCCGUUCCUGACGGAGCUGCGGGCGGUGAUGGACUGGGUUUGGACCGACACCACGCUCAGUCUGUCCAGCUGGAUCUGUGUGGAGGACAUCUACGCUCACAUCUUCGUGCUCAAGUGCUGGAGGGAGUCGGAGAAAAGGUAUCCUCAGCCUCGAGGACAGAAGAAGAAGAAGGUGGUGAAGUACGGGAUGGGGGGGAUGAUCGUGAUGCUGCUCAUCUGUAUCGUCUGGUUUCCUUUGCUCUUCAUGUCUCUGGUCAAAUCUGUGGCUGGAGUGGUCAACAAACCGCUGGACGUGUCUGUCACCAUCACACUGGGCGGCUUUCAGCCCAUCUUCACUAUGAGUGCGCAGCAGAAUCAGCUGAAGGACGUCACUGACAGAGAUUUCAUCAGCUUCAUGAAUUCAUACAAACACAAUUCUAGUGCACUGCAGUUCUUGGAGGCGUAUACAGCGGAGGACGUGACUGUGGCAGAGCUGGAAGGAAGCUCGAACUCUCUCUGGACCAUCAGUCCUCCCAGCAGAAAGAACCUGAUGGAGGUCUUGAGCAAAGAGGACCAGUUCCCUGUGACCAUGUCCUGGAGCAUCCAGAGGAAUCUGAGUCUGGGAGCAAAGGCUGAGUUUGCAGUGGACAAACACAUCACAUAUCUGGACAUGAACACUAGACAGGAGCUGAUAGCGUUACUCAAUGGAACCAGAAAUAAACCUGUGGUCAUAGAGCAAGUGUUUCCCUGCUUUAUUCGAGCACCGAGUGACUCAAACGCCAAACCAGUCGGUCAGCUUUAUUCAGAUGAGGGUUAUAAGAGCAUCCAGCUGGACUUGGAGAGGUCUCACAACGGCACGGAGGACAUUCAGGAGUGGUGGAUUGUGGACCAGCCGUCGGCAGGGAAGAUCCAGAUGAGAUCCGAGUCAAAGCUGGAGAAGAAGAGAGAGGCAGGACUGCAGCUGUACGUCUUCAGUGAUAAAGUCAGUCCUCCCAGCCUGGGCUUCUUGGCAGGUUACGGUAUCAUGGGCCUCUACGCAUCCGUGGUGCUGGUGAUCGGGAAAUUCGUCCGCGAGUUCUUCAGCGGCAUCUCGCACUCCAUCAUGUUCGAAGAGCUUCCGUGCGUCGACCGCAUCCUCAAACUCUGCACCGACAUCUUCCUCGUGCGGGAAACCGGCGAGCUGGAGCUGGAGGAGGACCUGUACGCCAAACUCAUCUUCCUUUACCGCUCGCCAGAGACCAUGAUCAAGUGGACGAGGGAGAAGACCAAAUGAGCCUGCUGGGAUUGCCUUAAAACCCAAAGGAUGCUGCUUCUCGCAGGAAGGCGGCUCGUCGGGACAGGUUCGACUGCCAAUACAAUGAGACCUACAGCUGUACCAAAGAGCCCUGAUUCAGAAGCUGCCACGACCAAUGGGAUCUUUAAUGAGCUCUAGCGCCACCUGUCUGUCGGGAGAUUGGUUAGUCGCGCAUUGUGCAAUAUGCUGUCCUGGUAGCUGGCCGUAAACUUGAACAAAGAAAGGAGACGGUGACUGAACACUAGCCAAUUUUUUCUUCAGAGAAAACUGGACCCAGAAGUGCUUGGGUUUCUAAGACUAUGUAACACUGAAAUCAUGAUCUAUCCUAGCUUGAACGAAGGACUGAAAGGUUCUCAGGAAGAGUAUCCGCGCUUCAGGACGUCACGUUGCUGACACCUCGCCGUGAUUGUGGAUCAAUAUCAUGAGCAUAAAGCACAUGCUGGAAACCAACUAUUGUCUUAUUUGUCCCGUCUACCUGUUGCACUUUUAGUUUUCGUUACGUGCAUUUCAAGGACCAUUUUGUAUGCAUUAAAAAGUCUACAGAAACUCGGAUCUAAAAUAUGCAAAAAAUCACAGAUUCUCUUUAUUCAGUGGCGUUGUGAAACCAUGCAAAUCCAGAAUUAACAGAAAUUGUUCCCUGCGAUUUUAAAGCACACCUUUCUCCAUUAAAACAAAAAA